AUGACCCAAAUGCGCGAGGACCUCAUCGCUUCGGCAAUCACAUUCUUAAAAGACCCACAGGUUGCUGGGUCUCCUUUAGCCAAGAAAAUCGAGUUUCUUGAAAGCAAAGAACUCACACCCGAAGAGAUCCAAGAAGCCCUUGCACGGGCUGGCGGGGCUGCUCCAGCAACAUCUUCAGGAACUCCAGGUUCUGCUGCUACUACCGCCACCACCAUCCCUGGAUCACCAGCAGCAACUGCAGUCACUCCUUACGCUGGGAUCCCUCCAGCAAUGUAUGCCACUUACAAUGCACCACCGCCGGUACCGAAGCGUGACUGGCGUGACUACUUUGUGAUGGCAACAGUAACAGCCGGAGUAACGUACGGACUGUAUGAACUUGCACGACGAUACGUACUACCAAUGAUUUUGCCACCGACACCAGCGGCGCUAGAGGCUGACAAGGCGGCGCUGGACGCGGAGUUUGCGCGGGCGCAGGCAGUACUUGAUCAACUAAGUGCAGACACAGCUGCGCUCAAGGAAUCAGAAGCUGCGCGAACACAGAAGGUAGAUGAUGCAUUGGAAGAGUUGGAAGCAGUGAUGGGAACUGUUAAGACUCAAGUUGCACAGCGUGAUGAAGAUAUGAAACUAAUCAAGGCACAAGUGGAAAAUGUCCGUGCACAACUGCCCACAGCUUUGGAGAAACAUGCUGAUGCACAACAGGCAGCUUUGAACGAUUUGGUGGCUGAACUGAGGUCACUUAAACAACUGGUUUUUGCAAGAACUAAACCAGCUGCAUCUUCAUCUGUAUCUAUUCCACCACCACCCAUGCCUUCAUCUGGCACCGGCGUGUCUCCAGUUCCUGCCUCAUCAUCAUCAUCAUCAUCAUCAUUACCUUCUUCUUCCUCUUCUUCAGGUCCUGCCACUUAUACAAACCCACCUCCUACCGUGUUCUACCCUACUGCUGGUGUUUCUUCUUCUUCGUCACCAUCAUCUACAUCUACUUCGACCUUGGUUUCUUCGCUGGAUACUACUGUGAACUCACAAAAUAGCCCAGCUCCAGUUACCUCGACACCUGCACCUGCAACUGCACCUGCGACUUCAUCUGCAACUGCAUCUGCUCCUGUGCCUGCGCGUAAGGGUAUUCCUGCUUGGCAACUGGCAGCUGCAAACAAGUCUGGUAGCUCGUCUGCUGGUUCUUCAUCUGCUGCUCCCAACACUGUGACUUCACCCACGACUUCUACAGUUUCGUAG